AUGAACUGGCUGCUGCCAAUUCGUCGGAGUGCUCUCCGCCCCCAAUCGCUGUCCCCUCGGAGCUUACCUGCAACUCCUUACGCAAAGGCAUUGUCUUUACGUCGUCCACGCUGCAGCUCAACCUUCUCCCCUACUAACAUAGCUGCUCUGCUAAAACCGGCCCCACUCUCCACAUCUCCGCAGAAUGCUCCCUCAGACGGCCAACCGCUGACAAUCAAUGGAUUUGUCCGGUCUGUCCGAAAGCAGAAACGAAUCGCUUUUGCCGUCAUAGGGGAUGGCUCGACCUUGCAGACAGUGCAGGCUGUUUUGCCACCUCAACUCGCCGAAGGACUUUCCAAUGGUGCUGCCGUUGCGGUCACUGGCACAUGGGCUCCAUCCUUGGGCAAAGGACAGUCUCAUGAACUCCAGGUGGACCAUGUACGGCUGUUGGGAGAGAAUGAUGCUGCGAAAUACCAAACGGCUGAGUUUCUUCGCACCCUUCCACACCUACGCAGUCGAUUGCCGUUCAACUCAUUGAUUUUACGGCUGAGGUCCCUCGUCACCGCACACGUGACCAGCUAUUUCGCUAAGCAUGACUUUGUUCAAUGCCACACGCCUAUCAUUACCUCGUCUGAUUGUGAGGGCGCAGGAGAGGUAUUCACUGUAGCACCUGAAGUCCCGUCACCAGCGACUCCCGAGGCAACGUCCACGAACCAGAUGAAGCAGAGAGAAGACUUGUUCUUUGGCUCACCAAAAUAUCUCACUGUCUCUGGCCAGCUCCACCUAGAGGCCUUGGCACAGUCUGUGAAUAAGGUAUGGACGCUCUCGCCAGCGUUCCGCGCAGAGAAAAGUGAUACUGCCCGUCACCUUAGCGAGUUUUAUAUGUUGGAGGCUGAGUUGGCUUUCGUGGACGAUGUCAAUCAAAUCAUGGACGUUGUGGAAGACAUGUUACGUUCUGUCACAUCAGAAGUUAAAUCUUCUACUGUAGGUCACGAACUACUCGAAGCGCGAGCACAAGCACAUGAGCAAGAAGACGGAGGCGUGUCACCAGACACACUUGUACAACGGUGGCAAGGACUGGUAGCUGGGCCUUGGCCCCGGAUCACCUACGGCAACGCAGUGCAGCAUCUCAAGGAUGCAGUGGCUCAAGGCAAGGUAUCGUUUGAGUUUGCACCUGGUCAUGCAGACGGACUCCAGACAGAACACGAACGCUACUUGGCUGAAAGCGUAGGACUGGGCGGGCCCGUCUUUGUGACGGAUUAUCCACGCAACAUCAAGCCAUUCUAUAUGGCGCCAUCAACUAGCAUGCAGACAGAAGCACAAGCUGCCACCACGGUGGCCUGCUUUGAUCUUCUGGUGCCGGAGAUUUGCGAGCUUGUUGGAGGUUCGAUGCGUGAGCAUCGUCUUCACGAGCUGCUGCAAGCUAUGAAGGAACAUGGACUUCAAGGAGCGGAAGGAGCAGCAGAUGGUGAUGAAGCGGCAACAGAAGACGCCCUACAGUGGUACGUUGAUCUGAGACGGUACGGCAGCGUCCCGCAUGGUGGUUUCGGCCUUGGAUUCGAUCGGCUUCUGUGCUACCUAUCUGGUGUCUCCAACAUUAGGGACUGCUUGUCACUGCAACGUAACGUGCCCUCUCUACUACGCUUCCGGGCAUUGGAGCCCUUGUGGAGGGCACCAGAAGCGCGCGUCCGUGGGACCUGUACGAGUUCGAGGCAUAAGGAGGAGGCGGCCAUCCGAUGCGCGACACGCAUGUUUAUGGCGACGUCCGUCUUGCGGCCAAAUGACUGCAGCAGCAACCAAGGCCUGUCGCGCCUUAUUGCAGAGUAUUCAGUCAUCCCGUUAUCAUCCAUAUGCACUGACUCAGACGCCAGUGUGGUUGGCUCGGUGAAAGUGGUGGGUGCGGGCGGAGAUGAUCAGAUUAGAUAUGUCAAAUCCGAGGAACAAAUCACCCCUCACCACCCCAACAGCGCCAUCAGGGACUCGGGAGCCAACUGUCGUAUCGAUGAUGAUGUUGAGGCUUCAGCUGGUGAUUGGGAAGACGUCGAAGGGGAAAACCCCAAACUUCCACCUGUGAUCAUUGUCCGCCCAUCACGAGCGUCUGCCCGAUUGCGCCACGCCUUGGAGCUUGCCAUUCUCCCUUUGAAACAUUGUCUCCCCGCCAUCGCAACCCUGGACUCUGCGGCGCCCGUUGCCGGCCGACUUAUGGCCACCACCCGCGAUGGGCCAGCAGUUCCCAUCGAAGAAGAACACGACUAUGAAGCACUGCCGCCCAACUUUUCCCUCUCUGCGAACAUGCUCGCGGGAGCGUUCGCAGGCAUCGCCGAACACUCGGUGAUGUAUCCCGUGGAUCUACUCAAGACGCGUAUGCAAAUCGUCAACCCCUCGCCGAGCGCCAUGUACAGUGGCAUCUCCAAUGCCAUGGUCACCAUAUCCCGCGCCGAAGGCUUCUGGUCAUUAUGGAGGGGAUUAUCUAGACCGGCGCAUGCGGUCUAUUUCGCAUCCUAUGAAGCCACAAAACAUGCCCUUGGAGGCAAUGAGGGUGGAAGCGAGGAGCACCAUCCUUUUGCAGCAGCUGCCAGUGGCGCAGCGGCGACAAUUUCCAGUGACGCGCUCAUGAACCCCUUUGACGUCAUCAAGCAGCGCAUGCAGUUGCAUGGCUCCAUUUACAAGUCGGUCCCUCAAUGCGCUCAGCACGUCUUCCGCACCGAAGGCAUUGGCGCCUUUUACGUCUCCUACCCCACCACACUAUGCAUGACCGUACCCUUCACAGCGCUCCAAUUUAUGGCAUACGAGUCCAUGUCCAAAGUCAUGAAUCCUACGGGCCGAUAUGACCCGUACACACACUGUUUUGCCGGUGGAAUUGCAGGCGGAUUUGCAGCCGGGCUUACGACACCCCUAGAUGUCAUCAAAACGCUUUUACAAACCAGAGGAAAUGCGACGGAUGCCGAGCUCAGGAGCGUGUCAGGUCUCAUGCAGGCAGCCAAGAUUAUACACCAAAGAGAAGGUUGGAGGGGCUAUUUUCGUGGCUUGAAACCCCGAAUUAUUACGACGAUGCCUAGUACGGCGAUUUGCUGGUCGGCAUACGAGAUGGCCAAGGCAUUCUUUAUUCGACGCAGCACCAAUGCUGCCACUGCCAUAUAG